AUGGCACCACAAACAAGAGUUGAAUUUGUUAUUUUAAAAUUAUCAUAUUACCCAUCUCUCCAUCCUCAAUGUCCUAAAAUGAAAAUGUGUCGCAAGAGGCGUUCACCAAGUGGCUCCAUGCCUCAAGUUAGCGAAUGGUUUGAUCGCAUAAUGACUAAAGAGAAAUCCAGUAUACCCUCCACCGUGAAGGUACGUUAUUGCGAGUGGAAUAUUGCAUCGGGUAAUGCAAAUUUAUUUACGAUAAAUGGUUAUCGUUUUAAUCAAAUACUUUUAAUAUUGGGCGAAGAAACCAUACAUUGGGUGUACUAUCGAAAUAUGAGCCAGUAUAGGCGUGUCGAAGGUUAUUGUCCUUUAUCUGUAAAUUAUUGCAGCUGCUGUUUCAACAAUCAGUACUUGAAAAUUAUGGAAUCCGUUAAGAGCUGCCUGAUGAAACAUGACAUAGACCUUAAUUAA